AUGACAGAAGCCAACACCUCCCAGAAAAGCUCCCACCACAAAUCCCACUUCUCCGACACCAGCACGCAAACCGCCAAAUCCAAAGACACCACAACCUCCACCUCCUCCCAAGACGCACAGCCCGCCCCCUGGCGCGCUCUCUUCGCCUUCAAAACCCGGCGCAACAUCCCCCUCCUCAUUGCCGCAACCUUCUGCUCCCUCGUCGCCGGCGCCGCCCAACCCGCCCAAUCCCUCCUGAUCGGCCGCAUCUUCCAAGGAUUCACAGACUACGCCACAGGCAGACUCAACAACGACGAGUUCAUGAAACAGCAGACGAAGUACGUCGUCUUCUUCACGGCGCUCGCGGCGGCGAGUUGGUUGUUCCAUUCCCUCGAUUUCAUGUUCUGGCUGGCGUUUGGGGAGCUGCAGGCGAAGAGCGCGCGGGAUCGGCUCUUCCAUGGGUUGUUGGGCAAGAAGGUGGAGUGGUACGAUCGGCGGAAGAAUGGAAUUGGGGCUUUGCUGCCGAGACUCCAGGCGCAGAUACGGGAGCUGCAGCUCGCGACGGCGCAGCCGAUGGGGACGUUGAUUGUCAGUUUAUCCACAGCGGUGCUGAGUCUUGUGCAGGCGUUUGUGCAUUCCUGGGACUUGACGCUGGUGACGCUCGCGACGGUGCCGGUGGUUCUGGCGCUGGUGAUGUGGGUGGGCAAGCCGAUGCAGACGAAUCUGGCGAAGCAGACGGAGAAGUUGGAGGAGGCGCAGAAGUAUAGCACGAAUGCGCUGGGCGUAAUUGAGACGGUGAAGUGUUUCAAUGGACAGGAUGUUGAGGUGGAGAAGUAUACUACGACUAUCAACGCCGCUGCUGUGUCCUACGCUUGGGUCGCGAAUGCUAGUGCGUUGCAGAUGGGCUUGGUGGUGUUGUUGAGUGUAAGUAUGUUCGUGCAGGGGUUCUACUAUGGUGGCGUGUUGGUCGCGGACGGGAAGAUCAACAGCGGCGAUGUCAUCACGACGUUCUUCAGUGCGAUCGGGGCUUUUCAGGCCAUUCAGGGAAUUCUGCCGCAGAUGAUUGUUUUCGAGAAGGGAAGGAGUGCCGGGGCCACGUUGAGGGCUGUGAUGGCGGAGAUGGAAAGCAAGGGUGGGAAGAAAGAGGAGGAUGGUGGGAGGAAGUUGAAACCGGAGGGAUGUAAAGGGCAUAUCGACGUCAAGGAUCUGUCAUUUGCGUAUCCCUCUCGACCGGAUGUUUCCGCCGUUAGGGAUAUUACUCUCUUCAUCCAAGGCGGGGAGAUGACGUUCCUGAUUGGCAAGAGUGGAAGUGGGAAGAGUACGAUUCCGCAGUUGUUGAUGGGGUUCUACGCUUGUUCUGAGGGAUCUAUCAAUAUCGACGGCGUGCCCCUGGCGGAUCUUGAUACGGAGUGGCUGCGCUCGAACAUCACGCUCGUGGAGCAGACGAGCUUGCUCUUCAACGACACCGUCUUCCGGAAUAUUGCCUUUGGAAGGAAAGAUUACGAAAACGUCACGAGAGAGGACGUCACGGCCGCCUCGGAAUUCGCCCUCCUCCAACUCAUGAUCAGCGACAUGCCCAACGGCCUCGACACGAUCGUGGGCUUCAAAGGCGGCUCCAUGUCCGGCGGCCAGAGACAGCGCAUGGCACUAGCCCGAGCUCGCCUUCGUGACACACCAAUUCUGAUCCUAGACGAGAGCACGAGUGCGCUGGACCACAUCUCCCGCACGCUGAUGAUGGAGGCGAUCCGACGGUGGAGGAAAGGCAAGACGACGAUCAUUAUCACGCACGAUAUCUCGCAGAUCCAGCCCGAGGACUUUUUGUAUUUGCUCGAGGGGGGACGGGUGGUGCAGGAGGGGUAUCGGAAGCAUUUGGAACGGAUGAAGGGGACGGCGUUUCAUGGGUUUUUGAGUGAGGAGCAGAGGGCUGGGGUGGAGCUUUUUGAGGAGAAGAGGAAGAGUGGGAAUGGGAGUUUGGGGGAUGCUGACACCCCGACGACGACGACUUCGUCGGAGUAUGAACUGGAUCCUUUGGAGCGAGCGCUGACGCUGACGGAGAAGAGGAAGACGCAGCGGCAGUCGUAUUUCCCCAAUGUCCUCAUGGAGGGGAGUCCGCUCAUUGGUAUGAGGGCUUAUAAUAAAGGGCCUACAUCUGCUUUCGCCUCGCCGUGGAUGCGUAUGGCUGCUACGGCAGAGGGAGGCUCGAUCUCGCCGCGAAAGCAUCAUCCUGUGGAUGCGAGCACGCCUUCGUCGGCGGCGAAGAGCGAGAGUCCGACGUCUUCGAAGCGGUGGUCGAAGUUGUUGGAGAAUCUUGUCGAUCAGACUGGCAAGUUCGCUGCGGAGGCUAGAUCGAGGACGCCAAAACGGAGGGCAGUGAUGAGGAGGGACUCGGAUGGGAUUCCUUUCACGGGGCCUGAGGAGAGUCUGGCGGUGCUGGAGGCGAAUGCCAAGAAGCCUGAGAAGGAAGUCAGGCUGAACUCCUUCAAGGCGAUCUUCUCAACUCUCUGGCCGAGCCUGGAUUGGCUAGGAAAACUAUACCUCCUCCUCGGAAUCUGGGGCGCAAGCGUACAUGCCGUGGGCUCGCCGGUCUUCUCCUUCAUCCUGUCCAAACUCCUCGCGACGUACUCGAUCCCCGGCGGGGAUAAGCAGAAAUCGCUGAUGUACUCCAUGGCCAUCUUGGGAAUCGCCUUCGCGGAUGCAUCGCAUACGUGGGCGUUUCGCUUCUUCCAUGAGUAUACCAGCCAGCUGUGGGUUGAUUACAUCCGCGGCGAUGCGUACGAACAUAUUCUGGAUCAGCCGAGGGAUUUCUUUGAGAAGGAGGAGAAUAGUGUUUCGAGGCUGACGGAGAGUCUGGAUCGGAACGCUGAGGAGAUGAGGAACUUGCUUGGACGCUUCGCCUCUCUCGCAUACGUCGCCGUGCUGAUGGUCCUCGUAUCGAUUGUAUGGUCCCUCGCCUCGCAGUGGAAAAUGACGCUCAUCGCUCUCGCCGUGUCGCCGUAUAUCUUCGCCGUGACCAAGGCAUUCGCGAAAAUCAGCGAAAAAUGGGAGAGUCACAGCAACGACGCCGCUGAGGCUGCGAGUGCGAUCUUCACGGAGACUUUUACGAAUAUCAAGACGGUACGAGCUCUCACGCUGGAAGGACAUUUCCUGAACAAAUACAUCAAGGCGACGAACUAUGCCCUGCGGGUCGGUUUCCAGCGCUCGUUCUAUGCGGGUUUCUUCUACGGCCUCUCGGACUCUGCCGGGGAGUUCGCUACAGCGAUGAUAUUUUACGUGGGCUCGAAGUUGGUCGUGGGAGGGGCGAAAGUCAACGAUAUUAUCACCGUCUUCUCGAUGCUAAUCUUCACCAUCACGAACGUGAGUGCGAUUCUGGGGUUCAUCCCGCAGAUUGGCAGCGCGAAGGACACGGCGGGGAGGUUGCUGGCGUUGGCGAAUAUGCCUACGAAUAGCCAUGAGCAUUUGGGGGAUACGAGGAUCGUGACGGUGGGGGAUAUUUUGUUUGAAGAUUUUCGCUUUGCGUAUCCGUCUCGGCCGGAGCAGACUGUGCUCAAGAAUAUCAAUCUCAGACUGCGUCCCGGCACGGCGACGGCUAUCGUGGGCGGUUCUGGAUCAGGCAAAUCCACAAUCGCGAAUCUUCUCCUGGACCUCUACAGUACCUCCUCCCUCCCCGGCUCCCGAAUCAGCGACCUCACCUUCGGCGGCCGCCCCAUAACCCACAUCUACACGCCCUCGCUCCGCGCCCUAAUCGUCCCCGUCUCGCAAACCCCGACCCUCUUCGCCGCCACCGUCACCGAAAACAUCGCCUACGGCCUCCCCGCCGACUCCCCCCACCGCGCCCCCGACAGCAUCUCCCACGCCGCCCUCCAAGCCGGCAUCCACGCCUUCAUCACCUCCCUCCCCCACGGCUACGCCACGCCCAUCGGCGACGGAGGCCUCGGUCUCUCCGGCGGCCAGGCGCAACGCAUCGCCAUCGCGCGCGCCCUCGUGCGCCAACCCGCCGUGCUCGUCCUCGACGAGGCGACCUCCGCGCUGGACGUCGAGUCUGCGAACCUGAUCCGGGAGACGAUCAAAUCUCUGAUUUGUGAUGGGGAGGUAGGCAGGAAGAUGACGGUGGUGAUCAUCACGCAUCAUCGCGAUAUGAUGGAGAUUGCGGAGAGGGUGGUGGUGUUGGAGCAGGGGAGGGUUGUGGAGGAGGGGGGGUUUGGGGAGUUGGUGGGGAGGAAUGGGGCGUUGGGGAAUUUGUUGAGUGGCGGGGAGUGGGAUGGUGGGGAGGGUGGUGUUAAUGGGGCUGGUGCUGGUGCUGGUGCGAGGGAGGUGGAGAAGAGGGGAGGGGUGGUGCCGGUGUUGAAGGAUGUGGAUUGGAGGAGGGGGGAGGGUGGACGAGGUGGGAAGGGGAAGGGGAAGGGAUGA